AUCACAGUGUUGGACAAAGAAGAGGUAGUCUUCCUGUUUCAGUGUGAGAUUGAACAACCAGGACUAACGCAGAAAGGGAGCAACAGAGAGAGAGAGAGAGAGAGAGAGAGAGAGAGAGAGAGAGAGCUCUGGCGCAAUCUCAGAUCAACACUAACUAAACACCACAGGGUCGAGUGGAGAGAGGAGGAGGGGGAGACUGUUUAAAGAAAACUGCCUUCACGAUGAGAUGUACUCGACUGUGAAACAAUACUGAGCGGAGAGAGAGAGAGAGACAGAGAAGGAGAGAGAGAGAGAGAGAGAGAAGGAGAGAGAGAGAGAGAGAGAAGCAAGGAGAGGAGGGGUGAGAUAAGUGUCAAUCUGUUCAGACUUGUUUGGGAAUUUGAGGAGGGAGGUAGGAGGGGGCCAAACCGAAAGGGAGAAAAAGAGAAGAGAGAGAGUGAGAGAGAAAAGGGAGGAACGGAGGGGGGAGAGACUCUUGUGGUGGUCUAAACAUUUGUUUCUUUGGAGUUAGAAUUUGUGCAAACAAGUCUUGGCUUGGGCAAGGCACUGGAUGAAAGUUUCGAACGAAACAGGCAAACGCACCUUGGCGUGGAGACGAGAGGCUGGCCUCUGAGCACUCACUGCGGAAAGCAAGACAGAUAUGUGGAAUGUGUGUGUAUUGUGCAACUCCUGCUAGCCUCUGAGAAAUCUUCUGAGACAGAGGAGCGACACAGCGGUGGGGGAGAGACGUGAUCUCCCCAAAUACCAAACUCAGGUUUAAGGAAAGUAUGUAGCCAUGGAAACCAGACGCACCAACUUGACUCACGCGGACACGCUGCGAACAGCAGAGCGGGGUGGACACGAUGUCAGCCCACACGCCACACGCCGGGCAAGCGAAAGGCCAAGGGACCCAGAACCAGACGCCCGGGGCUGGAAUCGAGAGAGAGAGCUGAGCUUCACCACCUUCAAAGGACGAGGGGGAGAGGCAGAGAGAGACCGACGCAGAGAGCAAGAGACACCCAAGCGUCCCAACGGCAGAUUGCUGUCCAUGCUGGAGUCAGGCCCAGUGGUGGACUUGGAGGGAGAGAGGGCGAAAGGAGACACCUUCCCCAGGAUGAGGAAGCCCAGCCGAGAGCCAGACAGAAGAGCCAACAUCAUCCCGGAGCACGAGAGGAAGAGGAGAGACUGGGAGGUGGAGAGGGGCACAGGCACAAGCCAAGAGCGCCAGGCAAGGACAGGGCGUGGAGGGGACCGCAGCAGAGAAAGUGACCGAGAGAUGGCCCAGAGGAGGGACAAGGACAUCCAGAGGUACCGGGAGGAGGAGAGGCGGAGGAAGAGGGAGAGAGGGCAGCUGAUAGAGGACUGGAAGCAGAACGUGCAGAGAAGCUUGGAGAGGGAGCAAGUGAGGGCAUAUGACCCCAGCGGCCAAGAGAGGAGGCGUGAGCGCAACCCCGAGGGCAAUGACCCACGUGGACCACGGGAGAUGGAACGAGAGAGAGGAAGACCAAGAGAGAGUGACCGAGCAAAUCGCUCUUACUCUCCCCGACGACAGAGAGCGACGGAGGAAGAGAGCGGGAUGGACAGGCCAAGAGGGGGUAACAAGGAGUACAUGAGAGAGGGGCGGAGGGAUGCAAGGAGCGAGGGAGAGAGUGAUGGGGGCAAUAGAGGGAACGUUAGCGCAAGAGUGGAAUACACAGCGACUCUGCAACACAAGCACAGCAGGAGCGAGGGAGACAACGAAGGAGAUGAGAGGAGAGAAAGAGAGAGACAGAGAGAUAGAGAGAGGGAGAGAGAGAGAGAAACAGGCAGAAAUAGGGACGGGUAUUACGAGCGGGACAGACCGAGGGGGCGCGGGAGGGACGGGUACGAGCGGGACAGACCGAGGGGGCGAGGGAGGGACACAGACAGAGCUGUGGACAAGCGGAGGGAUGAAUUUAGUGACACACUGCGCAGGGGGAGGGAUGACAGGAGUGGCAGAGAGAGGGAAGGUGGCCGACCGUACCCACGAGAUGAAAACGUGGGCCGACGCAGAGAGGGCGAGCGCCCUGCAGAGAGGGAGAGGGAGCAGAGGAGACCGAGAGAGAGGGCAAGGGAAGGGGAGGACGGAGGGAGUCCAUCACCAAGGAGUGCCCAGUUUAGAACCCAGCCGAGUAGUGACCAGCUCAGGGCUCAGUCAUGGGCCUCAAGCAGUGGGGAGCUCAGGGUGCAGUCACGGGCCUCAAGCAGUGGGGAGUGGAUGUCAGGCGGGAGUGACCUGGAGAACGAGCGCCGGAGGAGAGGAGCAAGGGACGGCAACGAAGGCCGAGAGACCGGACAGGAGGGCACUCCAGAGCGAGAGAGGAGGAGGCCAAGAGAGCCAGUCCAGGGAGAACACAAGAGGCCUGAGAGCCAGGACACGACGGCACAGGAGGGAGAGAGGAGGAGUGUGACCGGUCAAGAUGAUAGAGAGAAAAAGAAUGAAAUGGACAAGAUGGGAGCUGACCGGGACGAGCGGGCAGGCGAGAGGCCAGAGGGGAGGACCAUGAGGAGAAUGUGGCUGGUGCCAGGCUCCGAGAGAACAAGAGCCUCGCGGGAGUCUUCGCAAGAGGAGGAGCUGCUCGUGAGCAUGAGGGAGGCGGCAGCCAGAGAGCCAGAGGCGGCUAGCCAGGGCCUGCAGGACAAGUACCGCAUGCUGGAGAGAACCGAAGAGUUUGCAGGGAACCGCGGCCGAGAUGGGGGUGGGCCUGAGGAGGGAGGGGGCUCCGAGUCAGGGAGUACGGACGAGAGGGAGGCCAAUGUAACGGAGGAGAGCGACCGAGAGAGGGAGGAGGGGAGCGAAGGGCUGAGCGACGGAGAGGUACUGGGCGUGUGGCGGACGUCGCCUUCUGUGGAGGACGGCUUUGUGACCGUCUCUAGCGGAGGGGAGGAGGAGGAGGACAAUUUCGAGGACUGCAAGGAAUUCUGGGAUGGCGGGGUCCGAGAUGAUUCCACCAGGCAGUCGCAGAGAGGUCAUGAGAGACAGAGAGGGGGAGAGACAGGGGACGUCACGAGGACAACGUCAGACAGAGACAAGGCUGGCACCGUCUUCUGUGUGGUUGGGAACAAACUGCCCAGAAAAGAGUUGCACAGUCGAAGGGCCUACCUUGAUCUGGAUAACCUCGAAUCAAUGCCUGCUGUUCGGACUGACUACUCUAAACUCAAGUACAACAACCGUAGGUCUCUUGACCUCACUGGGGACGGAACACCCAAACAGGAACCCACUCUGUCCAAAGACAGGGAUCAGGAUGAUGGGGCUGAAUCACCAAACACGCAAGACGCAGAGAAGGAGCCAGAGAGACAAUCACUCUCUAAUGAGCAUGUGCAGGAGGAGGUGACCGCAUCAUCAGAUGACCAAAUCAACGCAAACUCCUCCCCAGAGCCCACUGCACACCCACCUGUGGGCACAGACGAGCCUGGUGGGCUGGAGGAUUAUGGGUACGCCGUUAUAAAAGACGGGAGACAGGAAGCGGGACCCACCGCGGAGCAGCCCAGUGGGGAUGGAGAGAUCUGGGCUACAGCGCAGGAGAUGAAGCGCCACUCCCAGGCACCGCACCUCAAGUGGGCCAAGAGCGUGGUGCGAGAGAUCCUCGGCUACACCGAUGACCCAGGGUUAGAGGCGGCGUCCGAGGCUCGGACUAAGAGGCCCGCCGAUCCAAACCAGGGGUCCGAGGGCCUACCGGUACCGGGGCCGAUGCCGAUGCCAGUCUACAUCACAGUCCAGAAGAGACUAGAAGCACGGGACUCAGACUCUGAGCCACAGCCGCCGCUAGAGGAGGAAAACGAUGACAUGCGAUUCAGCUGGAACGAGGUAGAACUAAGGAAAGUGGUGGACUCCAUUGGGAGGACGACGAAGAAAAGGAACUCUAAAUUCUUCAACUCCCAGCUCUACCAGCAGUACAGCGAGGUGGUGUUGAACCGGGAGAUCCUGCGGCAGUCUGAUGCCGACACGCUCCCCACCCACCCGGCAUCACCAUGCGCGCCUGCGGCCGCCGCCGUCCAGCCCAGCCCUGCCCAGCGGCCCCUGCCCCCCAUACCGCCCCUCCCGCACCCCCUCCCCUCAUCAGGCGCCCUCUCCGGCGGGGCGUCCACGCUGACCGUGCCCCAACUGCCCCCCCGGCCCCCGUCGCCCCGAGUGUCCAUCUCCAGCCAGACGCAGUCCCUUUGGCAGGAGCUGCCCAGCGUCAGGAACAGCAUUGAGCUGGAGGAGAUGAGCGAAGACCAGAGGAGGCUGCAGGAGGUCCGAUUUGAGGUGGUGACCAGCGAGGCCUCCUACAGCCGCAGUCUUGACAUUGUGGUCGAGCACUUUGUCAAGUGCAAAGACCUGGAGAGCUUUCUCACAGGCCAGGAUCGGAACUGGCUCUUCUCUCGACUCGUUGAUGUCCGGGCCAUCAGUCAUAGUUUCCUGACCAAGCUGGAGGAGCGGGUGGAGAACAACACGCUGCACUUUGACGUGUGUGACAUCAUCACGCGGCACUGCCAGAUGUUCCGCAUGGUGUAUGUGCCGUACCUCACCAACCAGUCGUACCAGGACAAGACCUACCAGCGCCUCAUGGACGAGAACCCGAGCUUCAAGCGCUGUGUGGAGAAGCUGGAGCGCAGCCCGGUGUGCCAGAGACUGCCUCUCCGCUCCUUCCUGAUCCUCCCCUUCCAGCGCAUCACCCGCCUCAAACUCCUGGUGCAGAAUAUUGUGAAAAGAACAGCUCCUAAGUCAGACGACGAAGCGCAAGCCAUUAAAGCCAUGAAGCUUUUGGAGAAGAUAAUUCAGGACAGCAAUGAUAGCAUUACACAGAUGAAGAGUAUUGAGUCACUGGUAUCUCUUAGCGCCAAGGUGGACUUUGAAUGCAAGACCUUGCCACUGAUCAGUCAGUCCAGGCGGAUGGUCAGGGAGGGCAUGGUGACAGAGCUGAUGGAUUUCUCCAUGAAGGAGACGGAGCGUAGUGUCUACAUUCAUCUCUUCAAUGAUUACCUGCUGCUCUCCCUGCCCAAAGAGGGCGGGCGGUUCACUGUGAUUGAUCAUGCUCCCGUGGCCGAGCUGCGCGCAGAAAACUGUCGGGUCAAACUCCACUCGCUGAAGAAGAACGUCUUCCGCCUUUACUUGUCCAGGAAAAUGCUGCUGCUGAGGACAGGCACACUGAGUGAUAAGUUGCGCUGGAUCUCGGCCAUUUCCAGCCCCCACCCUGAGAUGGACUUCACAGCAGCCCAGGAUUUUCCUCAGAUGCAGUGCAUACGUGCCUUGGUGGCCCAGCAACCAGACGAGCUCGGCCUGGAGAAAGCUGAUGUCCUAUUGGUCCAUCAGGAGAGCAGUGACGGGUGGGUGGAGGGAACCCGCAUGUCGGACAGACACCGAGGAUGGGCCCCAAAGUCGCACCUGGAAAGCAUCACCAACGAGAAAGCUCGGCAGCGCAACCUUAUGGACAUUCACAAAAUCACCACAGCGACUGCAGCAUUAUGAGUGUCUACACACACACACACCUACCUACUGUACAAUCAGACAGGCCAACUUCACACCACUGGAUUCUCCAAGACGCUGUGUGCCCUGCCCUGCUUGCACAUACACAGGUUAUGGUCCACUGAGAAUAAAGUCAGGGUUGACUUUUCAGCCCAACUUGGCUUUGCUGGGACCCAGACUACCUGGGCUUGGACAUUUGGCUCGCAGAGAGCCAUGUUUUUUUUUUUCUUUUUGUCUCUGCAACAUCAGCUGGGGGGUGUUGGCGACGAGGGUGUUGGCCGGACACUAACUCUAGCGCCACCUCCUAAGCAUGAACUUGUGGGCCGCAAAGCAGAGGCAGCAGCCUGAAACAGAGAGGCCGGACUAGGCUUUGCCUGAAUGCGCUCCCUGGCCUUGUAACAAGCUCCUGGAAGUUAGAUGGCUGUUUAAAAAUGAAAGGGAUUGGGAAAGGGGGCUGCUAAGCUUUAUUUUUGUGAAAUGUGUAACUAUGGUUCUUUGGAGUGAACUUUGUACGAUAUUUCAACUGUAAUUUACAAUAUAUUUACUUAUAUUUACUUUUAACAAAACUCUACAAGAGCCACACUGGUCCUGGCGAUGGUGUAGCUACGUGAACGGACCAACAGGUUUAGAGUUCUGUUGAAGCUCUGUACGAUGGACCAACAGGUUUAGAGUUCUGUUGAAGCUCUGUACGAUGGACCAACAGGUUUAGAGUUCUGUUGAAGCUCUGUACGAUGGACCAACAGGUUUAGAGUUCUGAUGAAGCUCUGUACGUGUUUGUUAUUGAGCUGUAAACUUGCACAGUGCUAGGGCACAAUGAAAUGGUGAUACAUGGUGACUUGCACAAUGAAAUGGUGAUACAUCUGUAUUCUGUGGCCGUCACGUCCUCAACAAAGUUUCACUGUACACA